CAGCUCAAAAGCUAAACCAAACCAACCCCACACACAUACAAAUAUUGUUGGGCCUCUCUCUCUACCAAAGUUUCUUUUUCUAGGUAUUGAUUAUUAUUUGCUCCCGUGUAUAAACCAAGAAAUGGGUAGCAGUUUCUUUGGGAGACCAAAAAUGGGUGGAUCUUCGUCCUCCUCACCAACAUCUUCUCCGGCAAAGAGAGGGAAGAACAAGAAUGGUUCUGACAAGCCUAAGCAGCCACAAAGAGGUCUCGGGGUGGCGCAGUUAGAGAAGAUAAGAUUACACAGCGAAUUAAAUUGCAACAGUUUCAAUACUUAUCGUUCUUAUCAUCCCUCAAGUUAUAAUCAUCAGGAGGAUGUGGGGAUUCAAGCAGAAUAUUCAUCUAUACCAUCAUCAACUCAUUAUGGCCUUCAUCCAAACAUGAUGAUGAAUGCAAGUAAUGAUCAAUACGCAAGAAUACCCAUAAGAUACAGAGAUGCUCAGCCUCACACAGCAACAUGUUGGAACCCGAGCUACGGCAUCUUGGAGAGCCAACAUUUUGUUGAACCUAACAUAACCAGACACUUUUUACAUGAGGAUCAGAGAAAUAAAUUGGGAUCGGGUAACCAGAACUUCGAAACGAGUGACGCAACUGAGCCAGAUUUGGAGUUGAGAUUGUGACUUUGAGUAAUGUAUGAACUCACGUUAUUUUAAACGAGGCCAUGGAUAAUUUGUUAUACACUAAAAAAAAAAAUUAGAAAGAAAUAAUAUGUAACUUAGGUCAUCA